GUUAUUUCUGUUAUGCCUCAUAUUUGGGUCACAUUUCAUUAAAGAGCUUCAAAAGCGAGAAUUGACUUAUUUAUUCAUAUUAUUAUUAUAAAAAAAUGAAUAAUUUAACUCGUUUUUUGGCCAAUUGCACGUUAAAUGCCACACGAUAUCAGCUAACCAAUAAUACUGUUAGUGUAACGGCUGCUUUACAGGUGCGUGGCAAGUGCAAAGUGAUUGAGAAACCUAAACCCGGCACUGGUCAACAAUUUCGGCGAGUGGUGCAUUACCCAGACGAAUACACUGUAGAACCAUUGAAAAUCACUCACUUGGCAGGACGUGAUCCAGUGACAGGCCGUCUGGUGGCGAAAGGCAUAGGCGGUGGUAUAAAGCAGAAGUUUCAUUGGGUGAAAUGGGUGCGAGAUGGUCCAACGGAAGGACCCCCACAGGAGGAGCGUGUAGUGGCGUUAAUUGACGAUGGUUGUCGUACGGCAAAAGUGGCACUUGUCGGCGUAGGAGAUGAGCUCAAAUAUAUAUUGGCGACUGAAAAUAUGAAAGUUGGUGAUAUAAUAAAAACUUCGCGGUUCAUACCAAGAAUACCUGUGCGUCCGAAUGAAGGUGAUGCUUAUCCGCUUGGAGCUUUACCCGUUGGGACGCGCAUACAUAAUCUUGAGAAGAACCCCGGUUAUCCCUUUCACUUGAUACACGCCGCUGGAACCUUUGGUACCAUUUUACGAAAAUUCGAAGAUAAAGUAGUAGUUCAAUUGCCCUCCAAACGUGAAUUCGCAUUUGAUCGCACAUGUAUGGCCACUGUUGGUCGUUUAUCGAAUGUUGAGCAUAACAAGGAACACAUUGGCAGUGCUCAACGCAAUCGUUUGUUGGGUAACCGGCCGCGAUCCGGUUUAUGGAAACGUAAAGAAGGUAAACAUGGACGGAAAAUCCGCAGAUUACCACCCAUGUCAUUAGCAAACCCACCGCCUAAGCAAAAAGAUGAGGUUAUUAAUUUAACAUUGAAUUUGUAGAAAGUAGUUGCAUACAUAUUUAGAGAAUUGAAAAUUAUGUGGUUAUUACUCGUAUAAUUUAUUGAAUAAAUUGAUGUUGAGAAGGAUUUA